CUUCACUCAGCCAUGUACACCGUAAGGGCAGAGUAGUUGGUCUAAAGUGGAAAGCAGCAAAGGCUGAAUCCAGCUGACUAGUAUUAAAUUGAAUUGAAUUGAAUUGGUUUGGGGUUGGGUUGCUCCAGAUUGUUUUCUUUCAUCCUGACUAGUUGUGGUGCGUGGGAGAUGACACAUAUACGUAACUUGUUGGGAGCGGGGGUCAAAGUAAAGUAGGGAUAUUUCGUUCCUGAGAGCACACGCGUAAGCUAGAGAGUGGCUGAUGCCAUCUAAUUAAUAACACUCGACUCGUCUCCUCCGCUCCGCCACCAUCAAUCAUGACAAACGCCGCCGCGCCGUUGAAGGCCAUUACCCUCACGCACGUGCGAUACCAGAGAGGGGACCCGCUGGGCCACUUCCUCGCAUGGGUCUCCCUCGUCCCAGUCUUCAUCUCGCUCGCCGGAUUCCUCUCCCACUUCCUGUUCCGCCGAGAGAUCCACGGCCUCACCUUCGCCCUGGGCCUCAUCAUCUCCCAGGUCGUCAACGAGUUCAUCAAGACCUCCGUCCAGCAAUCACGCCCCGACACCUGUCACCUCCUCGAGGUCUGCGACUCCCACGGCUGGCCCUCCUCCCACUGCCAGUACAUGUUCUUCUUCGCCACCUACCUCACCCUCUUGUCCUCCAGGGGCUUGGCCUUCUGGGAUCGCUCUUCCAACCUCUUCGUCCAUUCCCUCACCUGGGGACUCGCUCUCCUCACCAUCUGCUCCCGUGUCUAUUUGGGCUACCACACCCUCGCCCAGACCUUUGCCGGCACCGCCCUCGGUGUCUUUCUCGGUGCCGCCUGGUUCUGGAUUGUCACCAAUCUCUUGAGUCCUUAUUUUCCCCUCAUUGAAGAGAGCUCCUUUGGAAGGAACUUCUAUCUCAAGGACACCAGUCAUAUUAGGAAUGUCUUGAAGUUUGAGUACGAUACUUGCAGAGCUGAGAGAGCCAGGAUCACAAAUUCUGACCACAAGUCUCGCUGAUUUUCCUUUACAUUCACCUCAGGAUUAAACAUGCUUACCAAAUCAUGGGUGCUUGUUCUGUUUAACAAUUCCACAGGAUAUGCUGUUUAGGGAAGGUCUUCAUGUUGUUCAUAGGUGCAUGCUUUACUUGUUUCGUUUGGAGUUGGGGACGAAAAUGAUUGAGGACUAACAAGUCUUGUAUUUGAUUGUAUAAGUGGGCUCAAAAACUCGUAUUUUCCUUGUAGUUCUGAUGCCCGCAUUGGUGCAAAUGAUGAUGUGGUGUUUGGGGGCGUUGCAAUAACUUACAAUUGGAUAUUAUAGGUCUAGCAAGCUUGAUCUGUAAAUUGAGUAAAUUCAACGCAUUCAUGCUGUCAAAA